UUUUUUGUUUUUUUUACUAGUUGGAGAAGCGUAGCUUAUGAUAAAAGCCACUGGCCAGAGAGAAUUCUGUGUAGGCCAAAGAGUUGUAUAAAAGCCAAACUAGCCAAUAGAGGGCACAAAGCUAACAUGGCAGCAACAAAGGUAAGCCUGAAGCUUUUUAUAGAAAAAAAGAGCCGUCGAGUGCUGUUUGCUGAGGCAGACAAAGAAUUUAUUGAUUUCCUCUUCUUUAUUUUCACUCUGCCGGUGGGAACUAUCACCCGGGUCUUACAGAAGCAAAACAUGGCAGGCAGCUUGAAUAGCUUGUACGAUAGCAUAAAGAGUCUGAGUGAUAUUUACUUUCAGCCAGGCCAAGAUAAAGACUUUGUGCUAAAUCCAAAAGUAGCCAUUUCCGGUGUUGAAGUCCCUCUCCUCCUGCCAAGCGUUGAUGAGCAGUCAUUACAGCUGUAACAACCGAGAAAUUUUAUAAGUGCGGAAACCACCAGAAAUGUACGUACGUGGCAGUGGCUAAUGACCAGAGAACAAUUUGUCCUUCGUGCAUGAAUACAAUGAACUCUGAGCUAAGAUACGUGGACUACCGACCAAGGGAUAUCAAGGCAUCCUCCUCAAGUGAGGGAGGUUACAUGAAAGGGUUGAUUACUUACAUGGUGAUGGAUGAUCUUGACAUCAAGCCCAUUUCCAUGUCCACCAUCUCUGCUAUCUCUUUACUUAUCAAAUUUAAUGUCAAGGACGUAGGAGCUGUUGAGGAGAAGGUGGUCGAUUUUGGCAUUGAUGAGGGUGUGAAAUUACUUAAGGCUUCUAUGCAAUCAAAAACCGUUUUGACCGAUGUCUUCCUUCAAGCAGAGACCGCUGGAUUUGGAACUUUAAUAUCUAGGUGCAAAAAUUGUAUGGAAACAAUGGAAUUAUUUAUCCAUAAAAUUAUCCGUGGGAUUACUAUAUUGUUUGCAAUCUCGUUUCUCAUUGCCUUUAUAGGCAACGAAGAUUGUAUGCGUCGUUGUUUGGAUGAGCACAAAUUCAAACUCAAAUUUCAAAAGCCAAUGUAG